GUUUCAUUUCUGAGCUUACUACUCCAAACCUGCCUACAGUAAAACAGGAAUUCUGUGGCUUACGCUCACCACUUGGAAUAAACGUCCUGCACAUUCCUUCUCAGACAGAACCGGAGGGAUCGCGCACAAGAAUCGCAGUAGAGUAAAAAGGAGCAUCGAAUCCUGUAGUCUCCAUCUCCCACCCGAGAAGCCUCCUACUAGGGACUCUGCUCCAAGUCGGCGCGUGUAGAGCACACAGCGAGUAGCUUCCCGGCGACACCAUGGUGCAGGUGGAACAGCCAUCACCACAGCCUCCAGUUGCCACAGCAUGGGUCCCAACCAUCACCGUGGUGCAGGGACCGCAUCUAGUGGUGAUGGAGAGGCGCGACGUGGUGGUGACGGCGGUGGUGUGCACCGUGCUGGCGUUGCUGCUGGUGGGAGGUUCUCUCGCCGCCUGCUACUGGUGGCGCCGCCGGAAGCGCAAGAGGGAGGCCGACAACGACGGCGGCGGCGAGGGCGGCGGGGGUGGCGGCGGUAGCGGCACCCCGGCCAAGGAGCGCCGCGUCAACGGCUUCCUCAGCCUACGCACGCCCCUCAUCUCCACCAAGGCUCUCGGGUCGAUGGGUACCAGCUCCGGGUCCAAGUCUGGAGCGGCCCAGUCGUCAUCGGCAGCGGGGACGCCUGGAACCCCUGGCACCCCGGGGACGCCGGGCAGCGGAGGCCCGCAGGGAUCCAAGGGCCAGGCAAAGGGCCAGGGCGGCGCCGGCGCCAGUGCGGGUGCGAAGGGCGAGCACUCCUCGAUGGCCUUCCUGCAGAACCGCUCCAUGUCGAUGCUCGACAUGUACAUCGACAACACGGAGUCGUCUGAGAACGUCGGCCAGAUACACUUCAGCCUCGAGUACGACUUCCAGAACACCACGCUCAUCCUCCGGAUCAUCUCGGGGAAAGAUCUCGCCGCCAAGGACAUCUCCGGCACGUCGGACCCCUACGUGCGCGUCACACUGCUGCCCGACAAGAAGCACCGGCUGGAGACCAAGAUCAAGCGGCGCACACUCAACCCACGCUGGAACGAGACCUUCUACUUCGAAGGUUUUCCAAUUCAGAAGCUGCAGAGCCGUGUUCUGCAUCUGCACUGUUUCGACUACGAUCGAUUCUCCAGGGACGAUUCCAUAGGAGAAGUCUUCCUACCUCUCUGUCAGGUGGACUUCUCUGAGAAGCCGUCUUUCUGGAAGGCGCUGAAACCGCCGGCCAAGGACAAGUGUGGGGAGCUGCUGACGGCGCUCUGCUACCAGCCCAACAACAGCGUCCUCACGCUGACAUUGCUCAAGGCACGCAACCUCAAGGCCAAGGACAUCAACGGCAAAUCAGAUCCCUAUGUGAAAGUGUGGCUUCAGUUUGGAGACAAGCGUAUCGAGAAGCGUAAGACACCAGUGUACAAAUGCACUCUAAAUCCAAUUUUUGAUGAAUCCUUCAGCUUCAAUGUUCCUUGGGAGAAAAUAAGAGAAUGUUCUCUGGAUGUUCAGGUUAUGGAUUUUGAUAACAUUGGAAGAAAUGAGCUUAUUGGACGCAUUAUGCUCGCUGGUAAAAAUGGUUCUGGAGCAACAGAGACAAAACACUGGCAGGAGAUGAUAACAAAACCACGACAAACAGUCAUACAGUGGCAUCGACUGAAACCUGAGUAACUAAGUUAUGAUGGGAUCAACAAUGAAGUCUACGACAAUGGAUCUUCUACAAAUUAAAUAAUACUCUGCAUUAUUUUUACAGUCAUAACCCUGUGAUCAAAUAUAAUUUGGCAGUGUACAUAUCUUGUGGAGUGAAUUUCUUAUAAAGCAGGCUGUGAUGAAAUUGUCAUCAUAAACUCAGUAAAAUGUAUGUAUAUUACAAAGAAACAGAUGGAACUGCUAUGUAUUGUCAGUAAUAAUUAUUU